CGUGCGUGUGCGUGUGCGUGCGGGGAGCGGGCUCCUGGCAGCCACUGCACGCCGGAGGAGCCGCGCGUGUCACCGUGCAGAGCCGUGGCUGGCGUUCCGGGCUGUGACUUGCGUGCGGGUCGGAACCGCCUCGGUCCCGGCCCAGAGCGGCGAGUCCGAACCUGUUUCACGCCGAAAGCUCGGGCGCCGGCGGCCGGACGUGGCGGAGCGGCGGCGGCGGCCUCCCCGCACCCUAGAGGACCUGGAUAUCUACUCAUGUGGAGAUAAGGGUGGUCCUUCGUUGAGAUGGUACUUUCACGAGAGGAAGCGCGACUCUGCAUCCCCCCGUGGUGCCCUCAAGCGCGGGACUGUGAAUUGGCAAGCCUAGAUGAUGAACUGGAUUCUUUUCAAGACUUGAAACAACGGGAAACAGAAGAAGAGUUCAUUGGGAAUGAUCAUAGAGUUAGUACCUCCAAAAUAAACAAGCAGUCUUUUAAAGAGAUAGACAGAGCAGUUGCCUGGCCAACUAAUUUGGCCUUAGAUUCAAGGAAUUGGACUGACUGUUAUAGUGAUGCCAGUGACUCUCCUUUGAAACGUGUCAGCUCCCCAGUGUCCAGAGCCUCAAACAAGCAGGGUGUGCUUCCACGUCAGGUCAGCCAGAUCUACGAUGAGUUACUCCAAAUACACCAGAAACUGCAGUGUGAAACUGCAGCACAACAGGAAUUUGCUGAAGAACUUCAAAAGCGAGAACGUUUUCUGGUUGAGAGAGAAGAGCUGCUUUUUAGACAUGAAAGUGCCUUGAGUAAAAUUAAAGGUGUCAAAGAAGAGGUUCUUACAAGGUUUCAGAUCAUGAAGGAGCAACAUGAUGCAGAAGUUGAACACUUAACUGAAGUUCUUAAGGAAAGAAAUAAAGAGAGCAAGAGGCUAAGAUCCUCUUUUGAUGCAUUGAAAGAAUUGAAUGAUAGCUUAAAAAAACAGUUAAAUGAAGUAAGUGAAGAAAACAGGAAGUUGGAAGUUCAGGCUAAAAGAGUUCAAGCUCGUUUAGAUAAUUUGCAGAGGAAGUAUGAGUUUAUGACAAUACAGAGGUUGAAAGGAAAUCCCCAUGCUGCUCACGAAGUGAAAAGUUUGAAACAGGAAAAAGUACCAAUUUCAAAACCUUGUAAGGUACCACUUAAUGGACAAGUGUAUGAACUUUUAACUGUCUUCAUGGACUGGAUUUCAGAUCAUCACCUUAGCAAAUUGAAACAUGAAGAAUCUGGAAUGGAUGGUGAAAAGGCACUACCCACAUUUGCUUCUCAGAGAAAUGAUAUUCAAGAGAAGUGUGUGAAGCUGUUGCCCGUGAUGACAGAGCAGCUACAGUGGAUGCCCUUUGUGAAUGCCAGGCUUCACGAGCCUUUUGUGAAGUUUAUCUACUGGUCUCUACGGCAGCUCGACGCUGGCACACAGCAUUCGACCAUGACGUCAACAUUGAGGAGAUUGGGUGAAGACAUAUUCAAAGGAGUAGUGACUAAGGGCCUUCAGGAUAAUUCUUUAGAGCAUCCUGUGGAGAAUAAACCAAAGAUAGCUGCUUUCUUUAAGAGCUCCAGUUUACCGCUGAGAUUUUUAUCAACUUUAAUUGUUCUCAAAACAGUCACUCAAGCUGACUACCUGGCGCAGGCGUUUGACUCUCUGUGUCUGGACUUGAAGACUGAUGAAGGGAAGAGCCUGUUCUUGGAGUAUCAGGCUGUCCCGGUGGUGCUGAGCCACCUGAAGAUUUCCAGCAAAGGACUCCUGUCCAACGUCAUUGACAGUCUGCUGCAGAUGACAGUGGAAUCGAGGUCUCUGCAACCCUUCCUGGAGGCCUGCAGCUGCUCCCUCUUCUUCCGAACCUGCUCGGUGCUGCUCCGGGCCCCAAAGCUUGAUCUCCACAUCCUAGAGAAGCUCAGCAUCAUCCUACAGAAACUGUCCAAAAUCAAGAGUAAUAAGAAGCUCUUUGAACUCUUUACAAUUCAUCUGAUGCUUCAAGAAAUACAAAGGACGACACAUCCAGAGCAUGCCUUUCUCUGUAUUAACCUGAAUUCAACUCUCUUCAAUUUGGGUUUAACAAAAUGCAGCUCUCUGGCCUCCAGUGCAAACCCUUAGACUGGCUCAUCAUUAUUUAUAGAUAUUACAUAUGUGUUGCUACUUGUAAGAUUGUAAAAAUCCCCAAAGUAACUAAAAGUCUACGAAGUAAAGUUAGGAGUAGCAUCAUUUAUCAUGAAAAAUAGAAAAUUUUCUUAACUUUUAAAAUGAAACCUGUAGAAGCUGUGGAAUGUUUGGAUUUUUUUCUGUUCAGCUCAGGUAGUACUAAUGUACACGAUGGAAUUUUCAGGGUUAAUGACACUGGGGUUACUUUUUGUAAAAAUGUUUUAGGAAAUUCUUAAAAUUAUGUGAUUAUUUGCAAUAAAAUUGGUGUUUAUGUGG